GUAAACCAACUCCUUGCUAUUCUUUUUUAAUCCCUCGCAGAAUUUCUCAUCCGAUUUUCACAAACUUUCCUCGGAUCUGGUCACGAAUUGCUUUGUGUAACAAAUUCAAAUUCCAAACCCAAGCAAGCCUCCAUUGAACUGAUUAGAAGUUGAUAUUGAUAUAAUUCAGCAAAGAGAAGAAGAUUCUGCGGUGUUCUUGGUCACUUUGUGGUUUGUAUAAUGGCGUCUGGGACAGUGGGAGGGUUGUCUGAGGUAUAUAGUAGUGCAAAAAGGAUUCUACUAAGAGCUCGGAAUGGAAUCGAGAAGUUGGAGAGGUUCGACUCUGAUCCUACCGACCUCGCCUCCUCCGUGAAACGAGACAUUACCGAGGUUCAAUCUCUUUGUUCCAAUAUGGACGGUCUCUGGCGUUCGAUCCCUGUCAAAUCCCAGCGUGAUCUUUGGAGAAGGAAGAGUGAACAAGUAGGAGAAGAGGCUGAGUAUUUGAACCAAAGUCUAGAGAAGUACAUGUGGAGGAAUCAGAGGAAGAUGUUGGAAGCUAAAGAGAGAGCGGAUUUGUUAGGUAGAGGGAGUGGAGAAGGAGCUCACAUUUUGCAAAUAUUUGAUGAGGAGGCUCAAGGAAUGAACUCUGUUAAGAAUUCAAAGAGAAUGCUUGAAGAUUCGUUUCAAAGUGGAGUUGCUAUUCUCUCUAAAUAUGCUGAACAAAGGGAUCGUUUGAAGAGUGCGCAGAGGAAGGCUUUGGAUGUUCUGAACACUGUUGGGCUCUCUAACUCUGUAUUGAGGCUCAUUGAGAGGCGUAAUCGUGUUGAUACCUGGAUUAAAUAUGCGGGUAUGAUCGCAACGCUUGUCAUAUUGUAUCUCUUCAUAAGAUGGACACGCUAGAACCAGAGAACUUUAAUUACAUUACCAUAGAUUGUAUGGAGAGAGUUUUGUAACACGUUUUUUUGUUUUGUUUAUACCUCUUACAAGACAUUUUCAAAACACUAGUACACAUAUUCUCCAUUUCAUUUGCGUCUAGUAUGCUCUCGAUUUAUGCCAACUUUUCUUCCCCAACUUUUGAUGUGUUCCUCCUAUAUCCGAGAAUGAUGUAUUGCUCGCAG